CCUUAACCCUUAAUCCUAACCCUUAAUCCUAGCCCUUAAUCCUUAAUCCUAGCCCUUACCCAGAUGUGAACUACUGGAGCAAAAGGUGGAUUCACUGUGAACUGAAUCAGCUCUUAUGGCGUCAGAUGACAGUUUCCUCUGUGGGCCUUUGUUUUGUGCGAAAACACGUCCAUUGUCCUUUAUCCGGGACAAACACGGUUAUGAGAUCCAUGAGUGGAGGGGGGGAUGUGCCCUGGGGGUGGGGGGCAGGCGGAGUCAAGCCUUCCCAGGUAACUGUGUCCGGGCUGGGCGUGACCACAAAGAAGUUCACACAAACACAGACUCUCUGUCGCACAGAGAACACAGAACACAGAACACAGGGUUUUAUCCUUUUAUCCUUUGGUGGUUUCAGUGAAACCAGUUCAUCCUGGUCUGGACUAGGAAGGAUCUCCUGGACCUGCUGGAUCUCCUGGAUCUGCUGGGCUUAUCCUACACCUGGAGGUGGAGGCUUUUCACCUGUUGGAGGAGAACCAGAUCUGAAGGAUGUUUCAGAUGUUCUAUGACUGGUUCUGGUGGGACCGGCUCUGGCUUCCAGUGAACCUGACGUGGACUGACCUAGAGGACAAAGAUAGUCGGGUCUACGCCAAAGCAUCACAUCUGUACGUCACCGUCCCCUAUGCCUUGGUCUUCCUGCUCAUCAGAUAUGUCUUUGAAAGGUGGGUUGCUACACCUCUCGCAGUCACUGCUGGGAUCAGGAGACGAGUCCAUUUGAAGGUUGAGGACCAACCUCUGCUGGAACUGUUCUACACAACCCGGUGUCAGAGUCCCACUCAGUUGGACAUCGAUGGGUUGUCAAAGAAAAGCAGUUUGUCCGUCAGACAAAUCCAGCGUUGGUUCAGAAGAAGACGAAGUCAGGACCGACCUGGAGUCCUGAAGAAGUUUAGAGAAGCCAGCUGGAGGUUUGUGUUCUACCUGUUGGCGUUUGUUGGGGGAAUUUUUGCUCUUCAUGAUAAGGAAUGGUUUUAUGACACUCGAGAAGUGUGGACAGGUUUUCCAAAGCAGUCCAUGUUGCAGUCCCAGUACUGGUAUUACAUCCUGGAGAUCAGCUUUUAUGGAUCUCUGGUCUUCAGCGUAACCUUCGAUGUGAAAAGAAAGGACUUUAAGGAACAGAUUGUCCACCACGUGGCCACUCUGGUCCUCCUGUCCUUUUCGUGGUGUGUCAACUACAUUCGCAUCGGUACGCUGGUCAUGCUUGUCCACGACGCCUCUGACGUCCUGUUAGAGUCGGCCAAAUUAUUCAACUAUGCCAAAUGGGAGAAAACCUGCAAAACUCUUUUUGUUCUGUUCGCUGUCGUGUUCAUGGGAACCCGCCUCAUCAUCUUCCCCUUUUGGUUGAUCCACUGUACCUGGGUCUACCCGGUCCAACACUACCCCCCGUUCUUCGGGUACUACUUCUUCAAUGUCAUGCUGCUGGUUCUGUUGGUUCUCCACAUGUUCUGGGCCUACCUCAUCCUCUGCAUGAUCAGAAAGUUCCUGUUUGGAACCCUGACCAGAGAUGAGAGAAGUGACCACGAAGAAGAAGAUGAGGAGGAAGAGGAGAGCAGCCAAUCAGAGGAAGGAACUGAGUCACAUGACCUCAACAAUGGAAAACCCAUCAGUGAGAAUGACGAGCAGAACGUGUGCUUUGGACAUUUGUCUGUGUCUGAAGACAUCUGUCGCUCGAAGACGGUCUGCUGAGUCCAACACGUGGACACAAUGAAUGUAGAACAGAUGGAGACAGGUUUAGUAUAAGCAGGAAUGAACACAACCCAGAAAUGAUUAAAGAACCAAACCAACAGAACCAUGAGGAAUAUCACUAAUAAUCCAGCCCCGUUCUUAAAGGUUUCGGAACCCCAAGAACAACCUCUGACAUGGAACAUGAUCAAUCAGAUUCGCAAGGACAUUCGACUCCAUGUUCAGGAGACAUUAGCGUUUUCUACAUGCAGAACCCAACAUGCGCAAAGAACUGGGAAACCAACCGACAUCCGCAGAAAGAACCAGGAAACCAACCAACAUCUGCAUAAAGAACCAGGAAACCAACCAACAUCUGCUCAAGGAACCGAUAAACAAACCGACAUCUGCUCAGAGAACCAGGAAACAAACCGACAUCUGUGUAAAGAACC